CUUGCUGAUGUCACGCUUUGACCUCCUAUAAAGGUUCCACCUGAAUCUCGAUUUAGACCAUAAUGUUGAGACUUUACAUUAGUCAAGGUAUUUCCCAGGGAUUUCCCUCAAGGCGAGUAUAAAGAUCAACACAGCUACCCUGAAGUCAGUUUAACGACUGUCAACCGUAAGAGACAUCGUGCUACGAAGAGAGAUUUGUGUUCCCACUAAUCACAUGACGUAUUUACCUGUAAUGAUGGCAAGUCACGGCGUACCGCUACAGCAGCGACGGGGCAGCGCCACCCUCACACCCCUCGUCCUGCCAACCCGGGGGUGCGGGAACGGCGUUAACGCCCUCCCCAAUGAAGACCUGGUGGAGGAGGGGAAAGAACUGUUUCAUAAUUUCGUUUUGGAGGAUAUUCAUCGGGAAGAAAUGUCGGUUGAGGACCUGACGGCCCAAAUCAGCACCCCAGCCGGUUACAAGAACCCAAUGUGGGCGAAAACUGGGCGUGAACUGCGCCACAUGGCGGAUGAAUUCGCUAAAACCAAAGAACGGAAGAGACUGGCGAACAAAGCUGCUUCAGUGGACAUCAAUUUGGUAACUUUCGAACAAUUCCGUGACCUGUUGUCGGAGCUGUUUCAUCAGGACGACUUCACCAAGGAACGGGUGAUGAUCCUGUUCUGUUUCUGUUCGGACUUGGCUGUCCGAGGGCUCAGGAUUGGCGUGGAGUUGUGUUGCCAAGUGGUCAGCUGGUCACUCCGAUUUAUCACUGAUACAGUGUGCUCAAUUAUACAGACGCUGGGAGGAUGGAGCCAGGUGGUGUGUCGGAACGGCGAGGGUCCCCUAGGCUACGUAAUGGUGGCAGUUGUCGCCGUGGUGGGGACAGUCCUCGUCAUGAGGUACCUGAAACAGUGAACGCUAUGAGGUCACACCUGAACCCAUGACUCUUUCAUUCCAAGUUGAUCUCAGACGUCCAAUGGUGCUUCGACAAACCCAUGUGUUCAUCACACCUCCAGCGUCGACUGGGGAACACAACGCACAAAAGACGCUUACCCACUUUACACAUGGUCAACGC